AUGCAGCGGGCCGCGCUCUUCCGCGGCGGCGAUGCGCAGAUGGCCGCCGGGGACCUGGGCGAGCUGCUCGUCCCCUACAUGCCCACGAUCCGGGUGCCCAAGUCAGGGGACCGGGUCUUCAAGACGGAAUGUGCCUUCUCCUACGACUCGCCCGAUUCGGAAGGAGGUCUCUACGUGUGCAUGAACACGUUUCUGGGAUUUGGAAGGGAGCACAUCGAGCGGCAUUACCGGAAAACGGGACAGUGUGUGUACCUGCACCUGAAACGGCACCUGAGACAGAAGGUACCGGGAGCAUCUGGUGGAGCUUUACCAAAAAGGAGGAACGCUAAGCUAUUUUUAGAUCUGGAGAUAAGCAGUGAUCUCAACAGUGAUGACUUUGAAUAUGAGGAUGAAGCAAAACUUGUUAUCUUUCCUGAUCACUAUGAAAUCUCAUUACCCAACAUAGAAGAGCUACCAGCACUGGUGACGAUAGCUUGUGAUGCACUGCUCAGUGCAAAAUCACCCUACAGGAAGCAGGAACCUGACUCCUGGGAAGAAGAGCUGCAGGCAUCUAAACAUGCUAAAACACUUGUACAGUUAGACAAUGGUGUUAGAAUUCCCCCCAGCGGUUGGAAGUGCUCCAGGUGUGACCUGCGGGAGAACCUGUGGCUGAACCUGAGCGACGGCUCCGUGCUCUGCGGGAAGUGGUUCUUCGAUGGCAGCGGGGGCAACGGGCACGCCGUGGAGCACUACAGGGACACGGGCUAUCCCCUGGCAGUGAAGCUGGGCACCAUCACUCCUGAUGGAGCAGAUGUCUAUUCCUUUGAUGAAGAGGAGCCGGUUUUAGAUCCACAUAUAGCAAAACACUUGGCACACUUUGGAAUUGAUAUGCUGCAGAUGCAAGUGACAGACAAUGGGCUAAGAGAUAAUGACAUAAAGCCAAGAGUCUCAGAAUGGGAAGUGAUUCAGGAAGCUGGUGUGAAACUCAAGCCCAUGUAUGGCCCAGGAUACACUGGCAUGAAGAACCUGGGGAAUAGCUGCUACCUCAAUGCUGUCAUGCAAGCCAUUUUCAGCAUCCCAGAGUUCCAGCGAGCGUAUGUGGGAAACCUUCCACGAAUAUUUGACUACUCCCCUCUUGAUCCAACACAAGAUUUCAAUACUCAGAUGGCUAAACUGGGACACGGCCUCCUUUCAGGCCAAUACUCUAAGCCACCCAUGAAAUCUGAGCUCAUUGAGCAGGUGAUGAAAGAAGAACACAAGCCUCAACACAAUGGAAUAUCUCCUCGAAUGUUCAAGGCUUUUAUAAGUAAAGGCCACCCAGAAUUUUCCUCUAAUAGACAACAAGAUGCACAGGAAUUUUUCCUACAUCUGAUAAAUCUAGUAGAGAGGAACCCCGUAGGCUCGGAGAACCCCAGCGAUGUGUUCCGGUUCCUGGUGGAGGAGCGCACGCAGUGCUGCCAGUCCCGCAAGGUGCGCUACACGCACAGGGUGGACUACAUCAUGCAGCUCCCCGUGGCCAUGGAGGCAGCCACCAACAAAGAUGAAUUAAUUGCCUAUGAACUGAAGAGGCGAGAAGCAGAAGCUGCAAGGAGGCCUCUGCCAGAGCUGGUCCGUGCCAAGAUCCCAUUUAGUGCUUGUCUGCAGGCCUUUUCUGAACCCAGCAAUGUGGAGGACUUCUGGAGCAGUGCCCUUCAAGCAAAAUCUGCUGGAGUUAAGACUUCCCGCUUUGCUUCCUUUCCUGAGUACUUAGUGGUGCAGAUAAAGAAAUUCACCUUUGGCCUUGACUGGAUACCCAAAAAGCUUGAUGUUUCUAUUGACAUGCCAGAUUUCCUGGAUAUCACUCACCUUCGGGCCAGGGGGCUCCAGCCAGGAGAAGAGGAACUCCCAGACAUUGCUCCUCCCAUUGUCAUUCCUGAUGACCCAAAAGAUCACAUGAUGAACCAUUUCGUGGAGUCCCUAGAUAUUGAUGAGUCUUCAGUAAUGCAGCUGGCAGAGAUGGGCUUUCCUUUGGAGGCGUGUCGGAAGGCUGUGUACUAUACCGGCAACCUGGGUGCUGAAGUUGCUUUCAACUGGAUCAUUGCACACAUGGAAGAGCCAGACUUUGCUGAGCCAUUGGUCAUACCUGCAUUUGGAGAAGUUGCUUCCAGUGGGGCAGCUGCUUUAGGAGCUGUAGGGUUAGAUAACCAGCCUCCUGAAGAGAUGGUUGCAAUCAUCAUUUCCAUGGGAUUCCAGAGGAAUGUGGCAAUUCAGGCGCUGAAGGCAACAAACAACAACUUGGAGCGUGCACUGGAGUGGAUCUUCAGCCACCCUGACCCUGAGGAAGAAAGUGACCCUGCUUUGGACACCAUGGAUAUGGAGAACAAUGCCAAUGCCAAUAUCCUUGCAGAGACAGGGUCAGAGGGACCCAGGAUCAAAGAUGGCCCUGGAAGGUAUGAGCUGUUUGGGUUCAUCAGCCACAUGGGAACAUCCACAAUGAGUGGCCACUACGUUUGUCACCUCAGAAAGGAGGGAAGAUGGGUGAUCUACAACGACCUUAGAGUCUGUGCCUCAGAACGACCUCCCAAAGACCUGGGCUACAUUUAUUUUUACCACAGGAUACCAAGUUAGGCCUCAAAUCUAUCACCUGGCCUUAAGAAGCCAUAAGCCUUUUUAACCUGCCCAAAAAAAGCCUACAAUAAAAAUCUAAUACCAACAAAAGACCCCUUAACCCUUGGACUGCCAAAAAGCAAAGGAAACCAUGGGAUGUUUAUAGUGUAUUUAAAAACAAUCAUUUGAUGCCGCCUUAAGUGUUAGAUGGAAGAUUUCUAUUAGGUGCUGUAUAGGACAUUGUUUUAAAUUUAUACACCUUGCAGGCCAUGUGGAUUUCUGGUGGAGUUUGCAGCUAGUGUGUGGAGAAUAUGGAAGCUUCAGUGUUGAGCAGAAACAGUUCAGCCCAGCUCCUGCCUGUCCUGCCCGUGCAUCCUCUGAAGAGCACAAACAGAUUUUUGUGUCCUUGGUGACUGGGAGCCUGUGUUUGCAUCCAGAGUCCAGAUCAUGUAGAGAAAUCAUUUGAAGGGAGGCGGUUUGUGGCUGUUCUUCAGAGCAGAAUGUCCUUUUCCAGAGAUCAUUUUCAGUGCAGUGAGAAAAGUCAGCUGAAGUUGUAUCUGUUGGAAUUCAGUGGUACAGUAUCUUGAUUUGACUUUUCCAGGCUUAAGCCUGAGAGACUGAUGGAGACAGGAGCAAUCUCCUGUCAUGCCCUGUACAUUUUUUGCCAAAGAGAAAUUUUGUUUUUGCAGACAUAGGUUUCUUCAUCUUCACUUGAAUGUUUAUUUAGUAAGUUCUACCAACAGAUUCAGGAUUACAGAUGGCUAAAAGCAGCAGAAUUUCUGACUAUGAAAUUAAAUGCACACCCUCAGGAAAGGCAAGGCUGUUAUUUAAAUUUUGUUUUCAUAUGGAGGAGGUAAAGAAGGGUUUAAUGUCCCAUUAUAUUUAUGUCAGGGAAAUUUGUAUCUAGACCACUCAUAUUCCGUCUGAAAUCAACUCCCUGACAAAGUACUUGCAGUGCAAUCCUGCUUUCUGCUAAAGAUUGCUUAAAUAUUGACUUUCAUAUCUGAAUGCGGGAAAUUGCUCAGUGAGUUUUCCGAUUUAUUGAUUUACCCCUCUCUUCCUCCAUUAAAAAACCAAGCCAAAACAACAGCAACCAACAGGAACAAAAAAAAAAAAAAAACACCACAAUGAAAACCCCCUUGAAUUGAUAUUCUCACUUUCUUUAAACUUGCAAAUGCAUCAAUAAUCUGAUCUCUUCAAGAGACACCUUCUAAAAGGGGUCUGAUAUCUCUGGCAGGGAUGAUGGGGUGGGUAGGCAGGGGCUGGCCUUUCCUGUCUUUUUUAAAAAUUUUUAUGGUGUUAUUUAAGUGUUUUUCACAGGUGAGAAUGCAUAUGUGGGUUUUAAAAUUAUAUUUGAAAACACUCAUUCUAGAAAAAUUACAAUGGUGAGUGCAAAACCUUUCAUGAUUCUGGAAAAAUAACCCAAAGGUUCCCAGUGUUGGACACUGCUUAGAGGCUGUUGCUGGAGUUGCUUUGUACAAUGUUACCAAG